AUGUCUAGACUUCCCGAGAAGCCAAGGGUAAUUUCGAUAUUGAACAAUGACGACAACCCUUCUUUUGCGGUCCGGCCCUCAAAAUCAUCCAAAUCCCGACAAGAACCAGCAGGCUACUCCUCACAACUUCACGGCUGGCCAGCAUCAGUAAAGGGAAGUCUGGAGUCAGCCAGUCUCCGCCUCGGGGAUAACCGGUCACAGGGGAAAGACAUGACAUCGUACCCAGAAUCGCAUUUUUACUCUUACGGAUUACCACCACACUGCUCCCCGCCUGCUCAGUAUGUCAUACCGCAUAACUUACCGCACGGAUAUGACCAUCACGAAAGGGGGCUUAUUCAGAAUGAGCAUCAGGCAGGAGAGCGAGAGGUAGUAUCACCGCGAUCGAGUUAUAGCGAGUAUGCAGCGCCACCUACUACCAAAAAGAAUAAGCAUGCUUGCCCCUACGCUGCCUCCCACGGCUGCUCAGCAACGUUCACGACCUCAGGCCACGCCGCACGUCAUGGCAAAAAGCACACUGGUGAAAAACGAGUCCACUGCCCAGUGUGUAAUAAGGCAUUCACCAGAAAAGACAACAUGAAACAACACCAGAGAACCCAUCGGGAAUCAGGCAUUGAUGCUGAUGUCGAUGGACAUGACCAGAAUAUUUCCGACACUGCAUACUCUCAGUCUCCGGGCUCGACUACCGCAUAUUUCUCCACAUAUGAUACAGAAUCAACGGCGGACCCACGAUAUUCACAAUCUCGCCGACACUCAAGCCGCUCCACCACUAGCUAUGAGGCCUCUCCCAGAUACCUGUCCCGAGAGCUCCCAGACCCCCAGGAUGCGGAAGAUGACAGACGGCCGCGUUCCUCGGUAUACCGGUCUGAUAGUAUUUCAUCGGGGCUGGGCUCACUAGCAAUUGAAUCCACAAAAUCAAGCUAUAGCAGCAGGCGUAUCUCAAGGAGCUGA